AUGUCUCGUCUCUCAAUGCUAGUCCUAUCUCUCCUAGCUGUCGUUACUGCUUCCCCAUGGCAGUCUGUGGAAUCCAAGCAGGUCGUUAAACGUCAGCUUCCUCAGUGUGCAGGCUACGGAUCUGUUUGUCGGCUUGACUUUACAAAUCAGGUCAAUGUCACCAAAGAUGAAUUUUACACCGAAGAUGGAGAUUUCUGUACUUGUCCCGUUGGCACUGUGAGUCUGCCAGAACCCUACAGUCUCCUAGAUUUCGAACUAACACACGGUGAUCAGUGCAGUACAGUGUUCAUAGAUGAUGGAAAUGAGAAGUUCGAUUCAUACACUAAACACAGCAUGUUAUCAUAA